CAAGACCAGGCCAACAUGAACGGCACCAGCGAGCAAGUCGACAUCUUGCCUCCCAAUUGUAUGGUGAAAGACCGAUGGAAAGUGACAAAGAAGAUUGGCGGCGGGGGGUUUGGGGAGAUCUACGAGGCGCUGGAUCAGCUGACCAGAGAGAACGUGGCGCUCAAGGUGGAGUCGGCACAGCAGCCAAAACAGGUGCUGAAGAUGGAGGUGGCCGUCCUCAAGAAACUACAAGGAAAAAAUCACGUGUGUAAAUUUAUUGGCUGUGGAAGGAAUGAUAAAUUCAACUACGUUGUUAUGCAACUUCAGGGACGUAACUUGGCGGAACUCAGGAGGAGCCAGCCGCGUGGCACAUUCACCAUGAGCACAACACUCCGCCUCGGAAAACAAAUACUGGAAUCUAUUGAAGCCAUUCACUCUGUAGGCUUCUUACAUCGAGAUAUCAAACCUUCAAAUUUCGCCAUGGGGCGGUUGCCUUCAACAUAUAGGAAAUGUUACAUGCUGGACUUCGGGCUUGCACGACAGUACACAAACACCACCGGAGAGGUCCGACCACCCAGAACAGUUGCAGGGUUCCGAGGAACUGUGAGAUACGCUUCAGUCAACGCACAUAAAAACAAGGAAAUGGGUCGCCAUGACGACCUGUGGUCUUUAUUUUACAUGCUGGUGGAGUUUGCUGUUGGCCAGUUACCAUGGAGAAAAAUCAAAGACAAGGAGCAAGUUGGGCAGAUAAAGGAGCGCUAUGACCACCGCAUGCUGCUGAAACACAUGCCUUCGGAGUUCAACGUCUUCUUAGAACACGUUCUGGCCCUGGAUUACUACACCAAACCAGACUAUCAGCUCUUGAUGUCAGUAUUUGACAACAGUAUAAAAGACCGAAUCAUAGCUGAGAAUGAGCCGUACGACUGGGAGCGCGGUGGCAGCGAGUCUCUGAUCUCCACCAACAGCACGUCCACCGCAGGACAGAACAACACGCGGCAGACGGCCGCCAUGAUGGGCGUGGUGAACAUGACCCAGGUGCAAGGUGAGCUUCAUGCUCGUGAGAACACGGACGACGUCCUGCAGGACGAGCACCUGAGCGACCAAGAGAACGCUCCGCCCAUCAUGCCGUCACGGCAACCGGCCACCGAGGGAGACGGCUGGGAAGACACCGAUGUCAACCGCAAUAAACUCAGGAUUAACCUCGCCAAGGGCGGGGCCGAGGAGGAGAAUAAUCGAGGGGUGUGUCCUGAGUCCCCCGGUGGCCAGGUGCGAUCACUUCGAUACCGACGGAUCAACAGCCCUGAAUCCGACCGCCUGUCUGCUGCGGAAGGGAAAGACGGCUAUGGAGGACAGAGGUCCCGCAUGGACAUCCUGGGCUCUCCGUCGCGACACCUCUACUCCUCCCAGCCGGCACAGAUGCUGUCCAUCGAUUGCCGUGGCAACCCGCUGGCCAGUGGGCGUGCGGACGGCUCGGCGUCGGUGGACCAGGAAGCGCACAGCAACGCCUUCAUCGGGUCCGUCCCGCUGGCGGAGGAGGAGGACUUCGACAGCAAGGAGUGGGUGAUGAUCGACAAGGAGACGGAGCUGCGCGACUUCCACCUGCUCGGGGCCGAGCCCACUACCUCGGGCACCACCGACGACGACCCCGAGGAGCUCCGCCCCCUCGAGGACCCGGAGGAGCGCCGCAGGCUGCGAGGGGCGUACGCCAUGGGGGGCGGAGGUGGGGACCCCACCGUGAGACCCAAAAUGAGUUGGGUGGGGGGCGGUGACAGGAGGGCCAUGAUGCCCGUGGCAGAGGAGGGUUCCAGGAGGAGCGGAGUGAUGUCACGAGGAGGAGGAGCAGAGAGUCCCGCGCAGUCGCCCUCGCACCUGACGCCACGACGCAGGGAGUCGGACCCGUCCGGGCCUCACAGACCGUUGGACGAGGACCGGCUGCACGGCCCGCGGCCCAAUCAGCUGCGGCGGCUCGCCUCCUACGUCUUCUCCUCGUCCACGCUGGAGACGGAACAGUACCCUCACGCCUCCAACAGCUCCUUCAUCCAGCGCAGCCGCUCGGCCGAGAGCAGUCCGGCACACGCCGCGCAGGGAGGAGCUCGUUGGGGAGGCUCUCGCCGCCACGCCCCGCUGCAGACGCCCGGCAGUCCGCGCAGCCGACACUCCAUGUUCAACGUGUCGCGCUCCCAGUUGCAGCAGAUGCUGGCAAAACUAGUCAACAAGAACGCCAGCUAAGGCACCUCAGAGGCUGGCCAAACUAGUCAACAACAACGCCAGCUAAGGCUAAGACCUCAUCUCUGUUUGUUUUAUUUUGUUUGUUUGUUUGUUUGUUUGUUUGUCACUAUUGUAGGCCUCACGUCCACCACGCACACUCUACCAUAGACCUACAAAACUCCCAACGCUCCCCUCCCCCACAGAAAUGAAUAUGCACAUAUUUCAAAUCAGGCGUACAACACAAGCCUAUCUUA